AUGGUUGCUUCGCAGUUGAUCAGCUCAAGAUCGAAAACUGAUUUGGUCGUCGAGGCAUUGGAUGGUCUGGUUCGCAAAUAUCAUUUCUCUUUGAACCAGAUCUUCGGCGAGCAAGUAAAAAAUCUGACGAUCGAUGACAUGGAUGAGAAAACCGAACUCUUGGAUGAGCUAGAAUCGAUCCUCUUACCCUUAAUCAAACAGCAAAUUAAUUCUAUUUUACAUUCGCUCGACCUGCGUGAUUGCGAAAUACUUCCAACGCCCGAUUUCGAGUUAACUUUGGAAAUUCUAUCAAAUCUUGACCAGACCUUGGAGAGAACGAUAUCUUCAAUUGAGCGCAUUUCUCUCGAGUCACCUAUGCCAGCCGAAACCCAUGACUAUCACUUAAAGCACUGCAAAGAGUUCCGCUGCUCUCGUCUUCUAUGGAGAAUCAAAGCUGUUGUAGAAGGCCAUCUCUGUGAACUAUUCAGAAACUUUAUCCAAUUCAUCCGAGUCUGGGAGCUUUCUGAUAGUCAUCCAGAGAGCUUGGAACAUCGAACCAAGAUAUUCCAAAAGGAGACGGAAGUGCUCAGGAUUACGGCGCAUUCUGAUCAUUCAAUCGAUGCCAUAAUCGCCUUAUUUCGCAAAUCCGACCUUGAAAUUAUUCAAGAAGAGUGGCUGGCAGCAGCGGAAUCGCUCGACAGCGUUCUGGAAUUUCUGAUCAUGCUAAGCAAUUGCACGAUUGAUUCAAAGAAGGAAGGAAUUGCUGGCCCAGCUGAUCAUAGGACGAACGGCCAGGGGGCAGAGAUUGUUGGCGUGGCCGGACUGACCAUACCGCUUGUCAAGUUAGCGAGGAUAUUCUUGAACAAGUUAGCGAAGAGGACGACCGAAGAAUAUCCGUUCAAGCUGGAUACCGAGCUGAAUUCGGAAACCCUGAACCUUUUGCAUCAAGACCCGGUGUCAAUCGCCGAGCGUCUGGAUCAGUUUUCUCUGGAAUCUACUUCACUCAUCCUAGCGGCUCAUCUUACCCCUCUACCCCACCAAUCACAAUGGUGUUCAUCCGAGCCUCAUUUCAAGACUUGGCUUCUUACUCUGAAGAAUCUAUGGUACCGGGCUAUGGAGCAUUUCCUCAACGGUCUUGAUUGCGUUGGGGGAGGUGAAUAUGAACAACCACGUCAGCAGGAGCCGGAGCACUAA